AUGCCACUAUUUAAUGGAAAAAUGAAUCAUUUCAAUCUAGACAAGGAAACAAAAGAAGCAAGCAACUCGAAUAAUAAUGAUGGAACUUUGGUAAAUUUUUUUAAUAUAAAAAAAACUAACAAUGUUUACAUGAAAUUCGAUAAAGGAUAUAAAUUAUGUACACUGAAAGAUAUUAAUUUUAAUGGAGAUUACCUAAUUAAAAGGAAAAGGAAAAAAAGAGAUUUCAUUAUAAAAAAUAAGGAAUUAAUUUUACCAAAUAAAUAUGAUUAUUUUUUAACAAGAAAAUCUCAAGUGUGUAACAUCCCUGAUGUUAAUACUAUGAGUUACAACCUGAAUAACAUCCACGACAUUUAUUACACUCACAAAGAAGAGUCAGAUAUAUGUGAUAUAAUUAUAAAAAGAUACAAUGAAAAUAUAUACUUGAGCAUAUUUAAUAAUAUGCUUAUUAUGAUAAAUCCAAGUGAAUACGUGAAUGCAUUUUAUAAAUUACUUUUUAAAACGAAAAAUAAAAAUAGUUAUAUAUUAAGUUCAUUUAUUAAUUAUGCUACUGGAAAGUAUUUAGCAAUAGAAGAAGAAAAUGUAGAAGAAGAAUUAGGAGAAGAACUAGAAGAAGAACUAGAAGGAGAACUAGAAGAAGAUUUAGAAGGAAAUGAACAAAAAAAUUCAGAUGGUACAUCUAACGAAAGUUCCGAUGAGAUAAAAAAAAAGAUAUUAAAAUAUGUAAAGCAAAAACCUUAUCUCAAUAUAAGGAAUAUAUAUGAUUUACAAAAAUUAAAAAAAAAGGAAAAAAAAAAUUUAAUUGAAAUAAAAAAUGAUUUAUUCAUUAAUAGAUACAGAGAUAUUAUCGAUAUGCAUAAGGAUAUCUCGAUCAAAUCUAAAAUAAAAUAUAGCAUGUUGUACAAUAUUAACAUGGGUGCGUGGGAUGAAGCAGCUAUGGAUAGUUCCGAAGAUGUAGCUGGUGGUAUUACGGACGAUGUAGCUAGACAUGCUGCUGAAGAUGAAGUUAAUGGUUCUUACGAUGAUAUUUCAAAUUCACAGUGUUGCACCACCAACACGUAUCGCAAUAAAAUUACGAAGAAGUCAAAACAAACUCGCAGUUUCAGCAACAUAUAUGCCUCAAACAAAUCAACAUUAAGUUCGUCGGAGAAUAAAAAUAAAUUAUUAUUUGUAUAUGGGGAGAAGUACAGUAAUCAGAAUAUAAUAAAUUUGUACAUUUUCAAACAUAUAAUAAAGAAAGAGAAAAAAAGGAAAUUAUAUCAUGCAUAUAAAAGGGUUAUGAAUAUACUUAAUUUAUUUUUUUGUCACAAGUACUAUAAUUUUAUAAUCCAUUUGAGUAAUAAUAAAGAAAUUCUGUAUUUUAAUGUCUCUCCUUGGUUGUUAAUGGAUAAAGAUAAUGUAACAAAUAUGUGCACGAAAAUAAUUAAUUUUUCUGAACAGCUGUUAAGGAGUGCGGAUAAUGAAAAUUGUAAAGAAAAUGGUACAAUAAAUAACAAGAAUUUUAAUGACCUUAACGUGUCAGGUGAUUUGGAAUACAAGAAAAAUACUAAAAAUUGUAGUAAAGAUAUAGAAAAAAGUAUUAACAAUGAACAUACGACGGAUAAUGCAAAAAAAUGUAUGUGUGAUAUUAAUAAAAAGAAUUAUACUGAGAAUGAAUUGUUUAAAAAUAAUUUUAUUAAAAUCCCACGCAUUUUUUUCUUCCUCCUAAGAGGUGCACUAAUAGACAGUAAUAAUAAAUAUUUUAAACAAUUAAAAUUACACCCUCUAGAUGUAAAAAAAAUAUAUAAAAAUUAUAUAGAACCUCUUGAGAUAGACCUUGAAGUGGCGAAGUUAAAAAGAACGUUUUCUAAUUUUUUAGAAUUAGGUUUUACACAUGAAAAUAUAACAUGUAUAAUUAAAAUAAUUUUUGCAAUUAUCUUCAUAAAUGUAUAUAUGAAAAUAAAAACAUGCUUGAAAAUAAAUGAGCAAGAAACAUUAAAUGCUUUACAAAUACAACUAAUCAAAAUUUCGGAUUAUAUAAAAUUAAGAAAAGUCAAUAUGAAAAAUGAAAAAGGAAAUAUACAAACAAAAGAGGAAAAUUACUAUUUACAUAAUUUUCUUAAUUUUAAUUAUGAUAAUUAUAUAAGUGAUUGUUUAAGUUCCUUUUCCGAAAAAAAGUGUGAUAUUAAUACUAUAGCUCAUGUUAUCAAAAGUACCUAUAUGAAUAAAAAAAAAAAUAAUGAAAGAAGAUGGUCAAUCCAGAGGGAAAAUCAUUGUAAUAAUAAUGCAAAUAGGGGAGCAAUAACACAAAAAAGAGGUUCAUCGAAAUAUGAUGGGAAGAACAUGGAAGAGGGAAGUGAACUAAGAAAUGAAAAAAGCACCAAACGAAAAACUAGUGCAGAGGCAGUCAGUAAUGAUGACGAUACCUAUGAAAAUGGAAAUUAUUACAAUACCAGGAAAAGAACAGAUGAACUGAAGAACAGGAGUUAUAACUAUUAUAAACACAUAAGAAAUAUAGUAAGAAAUGAGUCAAAUUAUUUCGUGGUAUUCGCUGGUCAUAUAAUCGAAGAAUACAUAUCCUUUUUACUAGGUGUUGAUUUAAAUGUUCUUAUAAAUGUUUUAAGUAAUACAAUAAAAUUAAAAAAUUUGUGUUCAACUAUUUUCUUCAGAUUAAAAAUAAAAAUAAUAAAGCAUGUGAACGAAUACCUAAAACGUAUAAACUCAAAUACAACACCUAUUAAUCAUUCGUUAUAUAUUUAUUGCAAUAGUGGAUUAAAGGAAAAUAUAGUGCAAACGAAUAAUAAUGAAAAAAAAAAAGAGAAGAUAAAUAACAAUUUAUGUGAACUUAUUAAUAAUAUAUACAGUGAAAUAGUACACUCCUAUUAUUUAAAAAUGUCUAUGUUUAAUAAUGAUUGUUGUAUUGUGCAUGCAAUAAAUGAGCUAAAUACUAAAAAAGGAAAAAAAAGAAAAAAUAAUUAUGAUGAUGUCAUCAACAGUAGUAUUCAAAAAUAUAAAAGUAUUAGUAAUAAUAUGUACAAAAAUAGUAUAAAAGGUUCUUAUAUUUUUCAUUUUAACAAAAAUAAAAUAUUACAUUUAUUAGAAAAAUACACAUACAAGUAUUUAAGUGUCCUUGAGCAUCAACAAUCGCACGAAUGGUGCGAAACGCAAGGACAGUUGGGUGUAAAUUCAAGCACACUGAUAAAAGCGGAAUAUUAUAAAUUUAUGUAUAUAUUUCACUAUUUAGUGAAAAAAUUAACACGAUAUUAUAACGAUUUAUAUAUCAGAAUGACAAAUAAUGAUAAUGGAAGCAGAAAUAAUUUCGUCCGUAAUUAUACUAGCAUUCCUAUAGAGAAACAUAGUACAGAUGAUGACAGCGAUAUUUGUGUAGAGAAAAUAGUUAAAAAGUUCAUAGAAGAGAUAACAAAAGAUGAUAACAUGAAUGAUAAUAAGUGUAUAAACAAAAUGCAAAGAUAUAAAAUAGAAAAAAAAAAAAAAAAAAAAAAAAAAAACUUUUCUAUAGUACAUUACAAUGACAAAAAAACAAGGUACAAAUGUAAUAAUAUGAUUUUUGACAAUAUAAAAGAUGUGUGUGCGUUAUGUGAUAUUAUCGAAAUUGUAGAAAAUAGUGAGAUGAAAUUUUUAAGAAAUAUAUUUUUUAAAAAUUCCAUUCCAUUGAAAAGUGUAAAAAGUGAUCUGUUGUAUAGUGAAAUAUGCUUUUUUAUAAAUAUUAUAAAAAAUACAUAUGAAAAAUUUUACGUACUUGUUUUCAACGAAAGGCAGAGAAAGACUAUGGAUAAUUCUUAUUAUCCUAAAUAUAUAUCAGCAUAUUUAAAAUAUAAUAAAUCUGCAUUUGAUAAUGACUAUGUUAGUAGUUCUGGUAGUAAUAUUUUAAAUAAUAAUUUUUCCUUACCAAUUAAUAACUUUUUUUCUCAUAAUAUAAAAUCAAGUAAAAAUUUUUUUUUGGCAAACUCGGGUAGCAAGUCAGUGGGACUCAUAGAUGAUUUUUGUGAAUUAGAAAAAAAAAUAAAUAAGCAACAUAUAAUAUGUGUAAUAAAUAUGCUAAAUUUAAAGGCCAUUUUUACGUAUCAGUUAAAAUAUUUAUACUAUAGUUUAACGUACAUAAGUUUUAUUAAGAAGUACAUACUAUUUUGUAUUCACAUUAGUAAGGACGAUGACUUAAUGAAGCUUGUGAAUUAUUACAAGGAAAGGUGCAAACAGAAAUGUAAAAAUAACUUGAUUCAUAGUAGAGAACAGAAGAGAUAUUCGAAUGAUUCAAUAAUUAGAGUAAAUAAGGGCAUACGCUUGGACACUCACAAGAUUAACACAAACACAUACGGAAAUGCAAAUAAUAAUGCCAUUACGGAUAGUAAUACUACUACGAAUAAUAAUACAAGUGCUAGUACAUUUAGUAGUAGCAAAAAAUCUGAGGAAGUGGGGAGAAACAAUAAUGCGUUAAAAAAUGAAGGAAUUAUAAAAAAGAAGGAAAAAAAAAAAAAAAUAGAUGCUCUGCAUUUUAGUUAUUUAAAUUACCUGUCCAUGAAGGAAAAAGAAGAUUUGUGUAAAAUUAUUUUAUACAACUUUAAGAUAACAAAAGAUAUACUCUAUUUUAACAAUUAUAUAUUUAUAAGAAAAAACGUUUAUUUCAUUUUAGCUCAUAUGAAAGACGAAUUUAUAAAAUUGAUAAUUCCUCAUAUUCGAAAAAUAGAGAAUUGUUAUAUAGCUUACAAGAACAGAAAAGUAAAAUAUUUUUAUAGGGACAAAAUCAUAAUCGUGCAAAAUUAUAUGAGAAAGUUUCUGUUUUUUUAUAAUAUGAACAAAGUAGAAAGACAAAAAAACUUACUUGUUUCAUUUUUAAUAUUUUAUAGCUAUAUCAUUAAAAAUAAAAAUUUCGACGAAACAAAAGAAAUGUUAGAAUUUUGUAAAAAAAAUUUUAUGAAGAAAGAAAAACAGUUAAUUAGAUAUGCCGCAUGUGUAUAUAUACAAUCCUGGUAUAGAAAAGUAGUACAACAGAGAAAAUACAAAUUAUUAAAAUUAGAAUUAUCGAAAAAAAAAGCUAUAGAAAAUAUAAAUAUAGUAAUUAAAAUGUACAUAACACAAUUAAAAACAAUAAAAAAUUUGAAUGAUGUAAUUAUACCUAACAGAAGUGCUACAUUAAUUCAGUCCUAUUUUAGAAAAUAUAUCUGUCUAAAUAAUUUUCAAAAAAAGCUACUUUUAAAAAUAUGUUUUUUAUCUAUUAAAAGAAAAUAUUUGACUUAUUCUAAUGUAGUAACUAAAGUGAAUUAUCAUUAUUUACUAAAAAAUAUAUAUAGUAGAAAUAUAAUACAAGGUCAACUUAAAAUACCUGAAGCAGUAAUUAAGAUACAAAGUAAGUACAAAGCAUAUAUUGUUAAAAAACAGUAUAUUAUGUUAGUAAAUGCUAUUUAUUUUACUCAAGCAUAUGUACAUACAUGCAUAGAAAUAAUCAGAUAUAAUAAAAUAAAAACAAGUGCUAUAAUUAUACAGAAGUGGUGGAGAAACUUUUGCAAAUUAAAAAGAGUUUUUGAACAAGUACAAUUAAAUAUAUAUAGUAAUGAAUACGACAAAAAAAGGUAUUACUUUUUAAAUAAAAAUAAUUUUCCGUUUUAUAAUUAUUACCUUUUAAAAGAACAAAAAUCGAUGAAAUUGUUAACAUAUCAUAUUUUACUAAAACAAUGGUAUUUUUUUUAUUUUAAAAAAUUUCAAAAAAAAAAUCAUACAUUUAAUAUUGUUUUUAAUUUAAAAUUAUAUAAAAAUAUUUCAUACCAUUACUCUCUCCCUUGGGCAUACAAAAUAAAUUCAAUACUUAAAAUAAUUCAUAUGAAACAAAUGUUUCAAAAAUGCACUAGUAAUAAUCAGAACACCAUUUUUAACGUACCUGUUUUUGAGUCCAUACAAAUAUUUGUUGGGAGAACGCACACAAUUCUUUUAAUAAGCCAAAGUGUCACCAAUGAGCGAAACACCAUGGGUGCAAAUAGUUCUAACUGCACCAGUAGUAGUAGCAAAAAAUUAUAUGCUAGAUUUGUUUACAGCCUUGGAUCAAAUGAUUAUGGCCAGUUAGGUUACUAUAAUUUAUUCGAAAAAAAUUUCAAUUAUCAUACUAGUAGUUUUCCCAAGCGGAUAGAAACUUCUGUGGACGACAAGAAAUAUACACAAUGCAUGGGUAGCAUGUUCCCGGGACCUAAUGACAGAUCACAUACUAUGGGAACAUAUCAGAGGAAGGGAUGCUACAACUAUAUGAGUUCUAAUGGAAACACUGAUAAUAUCUGUAGCGUGAAUGUAGAAGCGAACAGGAAUUCUAUAACAAGAGAUAGUAAACUUAGAAAAACUGAAAGCGUGAGGAGCACAAGAAAAAAUAGUUCAUACUAUGAUACUACGCUUAGAAGUCUCGGAAGCAGCGAGAACGACAAGGGAGACAGCAGCUACAACAGGAAUAAGACUGCUCCUUCAAGCACAAGAAGAAGCUGCAACAGUAAUAACUGGGAAAAAGAAACUUAUGCCCCCGAAUACGAAAAAAAAAAAAAUAUAAUAAAUAAAAUAAAUAAUAUCAACAGCAAUAAUAUUAAUAAUAGAAACAGUAAUAAUGGUAAUAAUAAUAUUAAUAGUAAAAAUAAUUACCGUAAAAGUGAUAGUACUAAUAUUACCAACCUAUGCAGUAGGUAUCAGAAAAGUUUGCAAUAUUUGACUUUUGAAUAUAAGCAAAAUUAUACUAUUUCGAAGAGUUUUUUUAUAGAUUCGUGUGAACAGUCCUUAUGUGAUAUUGUGAAUUAUAAAAUAAUAGAAAAAAAAAAUAAAAAAGGGGAAAUUGAAAAGAUAGUUGAAUUUACAAAAGUAAUAAAUGAAACAAAUAAAAUUACUAAUAUUAGCUGCGGGUCAGAACACACAUUAGCACUUAGUGAAAAUGGAAAUUUGUACUCCUGGGGUAGUAACAUGUUUGGACAAUGUGGUCAGAAAUAUGAAAAAACUGUAAUUAGAUAUCCUAAAAUUAUUAAAUAUUUUUUAAAAAAUAAAAUUUAUAUUAAAAAUAUGAAUUGUGCAUCAUAUCACAGUGCUUAUAUUACUAGAACAAAUGAUUUAUAUAUUAGUGGGAAUUUUCUUUUUAUUAAUUUGAAAUAUUUUAAUAAGAAUAUUUUCGAGCCAAUAUUUUUAAUAUCUAGUUGUCAUGAUAUCAUAUGUAAAGAUAGCUUUAACAUAUGUUUAAGAGUAAAUAAGAAUUCGCUUUACAUAUGGGGUAAUAAUUAUAAAUGCAUACUAGGAUUAAAUAAACAAAAAUUAAGAAAUCUAGAUGAAAUUUCUCUCUAUCCUUUAACAACAAUUUCAUCAAAUAUUAUUGUUAACAAAAUUGCGUGCUCCGAUAAUUUCGUAUGUUUAAUAACUAAACUCAAUUCUCAUAAAUAUUCCGUGUACAUGUGGGGACAAUUCUCUCUUAUAGAAAAAAAAGAAGAGAGCACUUCAUCUUCCGUUGCAACAAAUAUUAAUAAUAUAUUUUCUAAGUUUCGAAUUAAAGCUACUAUGAAGAAUACUAAAAAGGAAGAGGAAAAAAAUACUGAUGAUAAUUGUUCAAAACAAAAAAUAAUAUUUAUUGCGAAACCUUCACCUGUUCAUAACGAUCUCUGGGAUGAUAUGGAGGCCAUUGAUAUAUGCUGUGAUUUGCACGAAAUUUUGGUUCUAAUGAACAAUCUGGGCCUGUAUGGAUUCAACUCAGUAGAAAUCCCAAACUGUGAUAAGAAGGGAGAAGUAAAAGAAACGAAUGUAUCAUUCAACUUUUAUAAUAGAAGAGAAAUAGAAAAGAAAAAGGAAAAAAAAAUAGCUUAUGAAGAACCUGAAAUAUAUGAACAAAUAGAAGUUUUAAAUCCAUCACUGUAUAUGUUUAAAUAUUUUAAACCGUCCUAUUUUAAUAUAAAAAAAAUUAAUUGUAGUUAUAAUAAAAAUAGCUUAUCAAUUAUGAAUGCAACAAUGGGAGAAUAUGAAAUUCCAAAGUUUAACAAAAAGUUGGAAUUCAUCACACCGUCUGGUGAUAUUGCACAAUUUCCAGAAAAAAUAAGAGAAGUUAUUUUGCAAAAGGCUAAAGAGGAAAGUACUAAAUGGAUCAAGUCAACUGACGAUCCUUAUAUAAAUCAUUUCCAAAUAAAAAAUUCUAGUGACUCGGAUAGUAACAAUUAG